AGUUGUAAUUACUAAUAAGAUAAAUUAACCUAACACAAAACAAUCCUCCUUCCCUCCGAGGGAUGCCGAGUAAAGCCGAGUGUCAGUUCAGAUGUCAUAGCAUUGUCAUCAAAACGAUGUGUCAUCAAGAAACGUCAAAACUAUCAAAACCGUAGCCAAAUUGAUCGGUUUUUUGCUUGGUCAGAUCGUCAGACGAAAAUUUUACCACUCUCAAUUUGUUAUUCGGGAUCAACGUUUGGUCGGGGAUGACUUCGCGUCAUGUUUCCAGGUGGUUAAUGGCUUGAUUCUAGCUUCAUAUUCGAGGAAGAGCGCAAUUAUGAAUGACUUAGACGCGAAUCUUGUCACCACGAAUGUGUGCAACGGGGGCAGAGAAUACGUGGUUAAAAUGAGGGUGUCAAGGGCUCGUGGGGGAUUAUGCCGUCGUAGCUUGGAACUCAUUGUCACCGACAAACAGACUGCUGAAGAUUGGCAGUCUUCCUACGACACAGCCUAUAUAGAAAAUCUAACUCAGAAGACAGGGAAUUUUAAGCAGUUUGAUGUAUUUGUCGCUAUGUUACAAUCAGCUCUGUUAAAGACCAGUGACUCUGUUACCAUUGAUCUUCUGACCUUUGAGGAUCUGGAGGUCUUACGCUCUCAAAGAACACAGGGUUGCGACAGACGUGAAGUAUUGACUGGCAAGACCAGUAACAGACGAUAUCUGAUUGUCACUUACAGCGUCGAAUUUGAUCGAAUCCAUUACCCGUUGCCUCUGGAGUAUUGUGGUCCCCCGGAUGUGGCUGUAUUGCAAUUGACAAUAAAAAGGUUGAUGAGCGAACUCGAGAAAUGCAGAUCCGGCCACAGUAAUAUCAAAGACCUUCACAAGAGAGUCGAACGAUUAACCUUAGACAACAAGAGACUCGUUGCUGAAAAACGGAGAGUGCCCAAUGGCGAUAAGGGCAUUAAACGGUUGCUAGAAGCAGUCAGAUCUUUGGAAAACGCGGUAACUGAAGAGCGUGCUUUGUUUCGAGCUCGUAUCCAGAAGCUGCGUGUCGAAAAUGCUACACUGAUGUCAAAGUUACGCGAUUUGAACAAAUCUGCUUGCAGAAAGCCUAGAGGUUCCAGUCCAACAUCGUUCCCUUUACAAAGUCGUCGUUCUGUCUGCAGAAGACGCAGAAGUCGAUCGGCCUCGAGUUGCACCCGCUCAAAACAUGCCAGCCUGUCGUCAGCAGGUACAACUCCUGCAGCUUCAAUGAAAUCAGCAGAUUCUCCAUGCUCAAGGGCGUCGAGAUAUCGUCAGUUAGAUGCCAGAGAAGUUGACUUUGGAAAUUUGGAAUCACGAAUACAUACCUUGCAAAGAAUGCUCAAGGAUGGAAUCAACUUGAAUUAAACUAAAUUGAUUUUAUUUGUUCUUUAUAUGUGUAAAUACGCAUAAUUGUUGUAGGCACGUACAUUAGCACACACACGCGGAUGUAAAUGUCAAUGCCGAUGUAAUUGUACGAGGAAGGCAAUGCAUACGCUCAACACACGCUUCAGUGAACUGCUCCAUCUGAGCUUUUUAUAAAAUCUGAGAUCGUACUAUGUACAAGAGUAGAACCAAAACAGGGAUUCCUCAAUUCAAAAUUAA